GGCUUUUCACCUACUCUGACAACAGUUAGGCUUGCUAGGAGGAUACAUACCUAUAUAUUCGCAUAUAUACACGGGUGUAAGGUCGCCGGGCCUUAGAAGGGGGAAGGAGACAAGGACAUUAUUUCGGAAGCCUUGCUAUUUCUGAGCUGCGUGUCUCACAUCGUGUCCAUCCCACUGUCCGCGGAUCGCCGCACGUCUAAGUCCCACUCCGGAAAGGGCAAGCAUUGUCGAGAAAUAAAUAAACAAGAAGGGAAGGGAAGCGAGAAUGAGAAUCCUGGAAUAAGAAUAAUUAUCUUCAGAGACGAGACGUGUUCUCAAUUUUUAUUUCGAUUUUUGCCAUCGAACAAUCGCAGACGACGGACCGACCAGCUACUGAUCCGCUCAUCCAAUACCUAAUGGGUUCGGCCUCCCAGUCAGUUGACGGCGCCGCGCCAUCCGGGCUCCUCAACGCCGCGGCGCCUCACCUCGCCCUCGCGCAUCCAACCGCGGCUGAGAAGCAGCGGACCUGGACCCUGAACCAUGCCGAAUGGGGCGGCACGCUGAGCCUCGAUGAAUACCUGCGGCGCGAGCGGUAUCUAAUGACGGUGCCACUGGCGCGCGACGGCGGCAUGACGCACUGGAUCCUGACAAACCCGUCGUUACCCCCACUUGGAAGCAACGCUGGCCAGGAGAAGAGAAAGCAAGAAAGCAAAGGUACAACAACGACCGGGCCGCGCCCCGUCCUCGCGUCCUGCGAGACUAUCCGCAAACGCGUCCUAGUCACUGUCCCCGGCAGCAGCGCCGUCCGCGAUGGCCUGGUGCACGGCGUUGGGUCGGUAUUCACGUACCCGGAGCACCGCGGAAAGCGGUACGCGGGGCGGAUGCUGGCGGAGCUCGGGGAGGCUUUACGGGCGUGGCAGCAGCCGGAAUCGCUGCAGAAGCCGCAGGUCGUGUGCUCGGCGCUCUGGUCUGACAUCGGCAAGGUCUUCUACGCCGAGAAGGGUUGGGCCGCAUACCCGAGCCUACACGUCGAGUUCCCAGUCCCGGCGUCGGCGGCGGUGGGGGAGGAUGAGAAUGGCCUGAGGGAUGGGAAGGGAGCGAGAAAGGUGGAAGAGGGAGGGAUAGAAGUAACUGUGACGCCAAUCACAUCCGCUAACCUAUCCGAUCUCUGCGCGCGCGAUGAGGCCUUGCUGCGCGCACGGCUCCCGCGCGUAGCGCAGACCACAGGCCGGACCGCUGUUGCCUUCGUGCCCGACGUCGAUACGAUGCAGUGGCACCUGCAUCGAGAGGACUUCAUCACGGGAGUGCUAUUUGGCGACUCCCCGCCGUCGCCUAGCUUGCCCUCGGACGCGACAGCAACAACGGCAGCGGGACCAGCAGCAGCUGGAUUCAGGCAAGUGGCGAGAGAGGUGCCACCAGUAAUCAAGGGCGCGCUAGCAGAAGUGUGCAGCGGAGGUCGCCGGCGCCGUGUCUGGGCCGUCUGGGCGCGGAACUACCACGGCGACGCGGCGGUCCGGGCACGGGCGGAUCGUAGCAACGGCGAUAGUCAGGGGGUAGGCAAAGGGAGACGUGAGGCGAUUGAGGAGAACGUAGACAAAAACACGCUAUAUGUGCUACGGCUAGCGAUCGACGCCGACGCAGACGCCGACGCCGCUGCGGCGGCGGACCGGGAGCAAGAAGAAGAAGAAGUGGAGCCGGCCCGACACCUCGUAGCAGCAUUCGCGGCAGUGCUGCGUGCGGCGCGGCGCGAGGCUGCCGCAUGGAACCUCGGUCGCGUCGACCUGUGGAACCCGUCAGCGACGGUACGGGGCCUUAUCGAGAGGGCAGGUCUGCGGUACCGCUGGGUCGAGCGCGACGCCGACAGCAUACCCAGCCUGAUGUGGUACGGGAGCGGCGACGAGGAGAAUCAAGCCGAGGAAGGAAAGGACGCGGUCGUGUGGGUUGAUAACGAGAAGUACUGCUGGUGCUGAACCCGGGCUGAAGCUACGCAAACUCAGGCCUGGAAGUUUACGGGGAUUUCGUAUCUAUUAGAGGCGGGGGAUCGGACGAGAGGCUAUGGGUUAGUGAGAUAGAGCCAGGGCGGAUACGAGAUGCGCGAGAUUGCUGGUCUUCGGGGUUAGUUACGGGCAACGAGGACUCUUGCCGUUACCGCUGCGGCUG